AUGGCAUCACACGGAAGAACUAAUUUUAAACACCCGUCACCGAGGGUAUCCCACGUCCUGGAGUCCGACGCGAUAGAGUCGGUGUCUAGCCCGAAACCCCAGGAUAACGAUUUCUCUCAACCAUUCUAUUCUCCUCCUGCCACUCCCUUCCACACGUCCUUCAGCCCUUCAGAACAAGCUGUCGACUUUGGUGUGGGCUACUUGGAUAUCGCUCCCCUCGUGGGGAAUGCUGAACAGGUCAUGCCAGCGCAGGAUCAAUCACGGAUGAGUCUUACCAUGGAGCCUAUGAAUCCUGUGUUCUUUGACAAUCCCGCAGUCUUCAACAUUGUGUCUGAACCUCCUCUUGAGGAGGCUCAUGAACAAAGAAUGAAGCUUGCGAAGCCUCAGUCCACCGAAGACCGAUUGCUGCAGCACCUGCCCCUCAUUCGGCAUGAAUACCUCACACAGGGACAACUUUGCUAUCAGCUCAAGAAAUGGGGCAUCUCGAAGAACAUCGGCCAAAAGACGUGGCAGCAUAUCGGUCGCAAGAUCGAGAAGCGCAAGCGCGAGGGCAAGGAGAGCGAGGUGAUCCAUUGCGGCAAGCGAAUGAAGCCAUCAACCACCAACAAGGCGAUCAACCGUCAUCGCGAGACCAACAUCUUUACCCAGAUCUCUCAGCGCCACUCCUCUCUUCCAUCUCCAACCAACCCGUACCUGAAUGUGUGUACGCCACAGCCACUUGCGAUGGAGUUCAAUUGGCCAAAUUCUUUGCCCUGGUUCAAAUUCCGGGAGACAUACGAGACAUUGACCCUCAACUUUCAGCGAUCCGACAACUCCCACCUUAGCUCCACGGAUCAUCUUCAGGGAGUCCAUAUGGCGACUUUCGAUCUAAUUACAGAAUAUCAAUUCAAAAGAGUUCACUCAGUCAACGUGCAGCCUUGCAUCUCUAGAUUGGCGGCAAAUAUCGGCAGGGCCAUGCCAGAAUGGUACCCAGGAGAGCACUUGCAAACAACUCAAGCCAUCGUACAACGCCCAGCAAGAGAGUCUAUACAUCAUUAUCUCAAGUUCAUCAUCUACCAGAUCUCCAACAACCUUCCACAAUUUACUGAUAAAAAGUCAUGGUCAAAGUUUCGAGAUCUCCUUAUAGGAAUCGGUAUUUUGCGAAUUGAUCUCGGGGGACCUUACCAGCAAGACGCAACCAUCAAGGCAUUCGUGGAAGGUCUUUUCCGGAAUGAGAUGAUUUGGGGGAGAUUUGGUGAUGAAGGUCAUGACCUAAAUUUCGUCACAUGGCUCCUCAAGUCAGGUCAAGAUCCCAACACUGCAGUCAUGCUAGGGGUGGAGGACGACGUCGAGCAAGCCACCCCUCUCCAAGCGGCGGCAUCUGGGGGUUUUGAGAAACUGGUUGACCUGCUUCUUACAUUCCACGCGGAUAUGAGCCCCAGCAGGCAAUAUCCCGUGUCAGUCGUUACGCUUUUGAUGAGGGCUAUACGUCCAGAUGCCCUCAAAUUACGUAUCAUCAAGCGUCUAUUCCAACAUGACGAUUCCAUCAACCGGGAAGGGAUUCUUCACGCAGCAAUUGAGCUACGCGACAUGGACUUUGUCCACGAGAUCUUGCGUCUGGACAUUGACGUCACCAAAACAUUCGAACGAAAAAGCCUUCCGUUUUACGAGGAGAAUGCGCUGAGUGUAGCUCUUGCGACAGGCAAGGACUUUACGGAUGUGAUUCUACAACAUGUCCUACCUCACGAUCUGUUCAAGCUUGUUACAGUGGAUGUUUUUAUCGCUGUUGCUGUUGAAGGCGAUGAUGAUGCUAUCAGUCGCCUUCAUAACAUCCGGCCGGUUGGAUCUGGUCGGAAUCAGUGCGGCAUCACUCCACUCGAAGCAGCAGUGUAUGCUGGCCGGCUGAGUACUUGCAAGGUGCUUCUCGCCCUCUACAACGGACUGUCACCCACCCUCCUCUUUCUUGCAGCCCUCGGAGGGCAUGAGGAUGUAUUGCAACUUCUAAUCCGGGAAGGAGCGGAUGUGAAUGGAAUUGUCGACCCGGCCGUCUGUGGAGAGUUUCGCGAGGGCAACGGACCACCCUUGAAGAAAGACGUCUUCAAGACUGGUUCUUCUCCUACAAUUGUCUACAUGAUGCAGCGGGUACCCGCCGAAGACCUAGGGGUGUCAUCAUUGAAUUGCUUUUCAGUUUUGAUCGAAAAAGGUGCUAAAAUGACCAGUGGAGCGGUAUCUUGGUCCGCAGAAGGAUGUGCUGUACGUCCACUUCUCGCCGCGCUGGGUGCUGGCGGCAGCCCAGAUGAAAAGAACCCUUCAGGAAAAAGUGCGCUUCAGUCUGCGUUGCAUGAAACCCCCGAUUGGAGUAAAGCCAGUUCUGCUCAAAGGCGGUUUAAGACUGUGCAAGCACUCUUGAAAAAUGGGGCGAAGCUUCUUGGGGGAGAAGUUGCUUCGGCGAUUCGGCUUCAAGACGAGAGCUUAAUCGAGCUUCUGCUGAGCUCUGGUGCAGGUUUGAAGGACACGAGCAACGAGGGAGUGUCUCGCCUUGAGAUUGCAAUUGCUUUUGGAAGUCAAGAGAUGGUUCGACAAAUGCGUGAAGCUUGCUCUGGCCAGUACGAUCCGGGAUCCUUAUGUGCAGCGGUUCAGGCCCGAGAUCUGCCGCUCGUGGACUCCCUUCUCUCCAAUCGUCCCAGAAAAGCAAAUUGCCACCUUCUGGAAGGCACAGCUGUCGGCGUGGCUGCCAGGUCCGGAGAUUCUGAUCUUUUGCGAAAACUCCUUCAUCAUCUCCAGCUUGAUGGGGAACCAAUUUUGGCGUUGCUUCCCCGGGUGCAGCGGGACUGCGAGAGACAAGUUGGGAAACGUCUCUUUUGGCGCCAAUCCUUCCGUAGGCGUCCUUACACAUGCACCAAGCACAGCCCCUUGGCCCUUGCUGCCUUGGGUACGGAUACUACAGGAUUCCGCGAGCUCCUCGGGGCAGGGUGUCGUGCCGACCUCCUUACCUGGAUCUUCAUCGCUCAGACUGAGAACUUCCUGUGCCUGGAGAUGCUAAGCGAAUAUCAGCAACGGCUUGACAACCUCCCCGGAUCGGGAAAACCAUUGUUCCCCGCUAUCAGGAGGAAGAACAAACAGCUAGUCCAGGCUCUGCUCAAAGCUGGGGCGAACGUUAACGACUACGGAACACGCAGUUGGUCCCCACUUCAGAUGUCAGUAAUGGCAGGGAACUUGGAAUUGGUGAGUUGCCUUCUAGAGAGGGGAGCAAAAGUCAAUGCACCGCCAAGUUUUGAUAGGGGAGCCACAGCUCUUCAAGUCGCUGCCAUGAAGGGGUAUCUUGGAUUGGCACGCCAUCUGCUUGAUUGCGGGGCUCGAGUGAAUGCCCGAGGGGCAGACUGGCAUGGAAGAACGGCACUAGAGGGGGCAGCAGAACGGGGGAGGCUUGAUAUGCUGGAGCUCUUGAUUCGUGAUGCUCUCACCACCGGAAAUGGGCGCCGCCAAUUCAUCCGGGCGGUAAAGUUUGCAACGGAAGGGGGAUAUUACGCUGCAGCGGACCUUUUGAGACGUAGCCGGGAGUGGACCGAGGAAGAUGAGCAUCUAUUUGUGAGCGAGGACCUCAUCGAUCGAGAAGGAAACUACCGUGAACUAGGCUGUUGUGAUGAGAUUCACGGAUCAGGAACCGAGUGUAUUCGCGACUCUCGAGAGAGUAAGGAUAGCUGUUCUGAGAGUGAGGAUAAGUGUUCUGAGAGUGAGGAUAGCUAUUUUGAGAGUGAGGAUAGCUGUUCUGAGAGUGAGGAUAGCUGUUCUGAGAGUGAGGAUAGCUGUUCUGAGAGUGAGGAUAGCUGUUCUGAGAGUGGGGAUGCCUAUUCUGAUAGCUCUGAAGUCUGA